AUGGGCGACAAAUCCAUUUCUGCGAUAGUGAACGCAGAAGCCCACAGCGACUACGGGUCCGAUAUCGACCUCCGCUCCCUGCCCGCGCUGAGCGACUAUGGCUCAGAAUUCGACCCCAACGAAAUCGCCGAAGACACGCUUGUCGGCGAGCUCCUCGUGCAGAUAGCUGCGGCUGCACCGAAGGCAGUCCUUUAUCCAAGCAUAGAAGUGCAAGAGGCGCUGGAGCAUAGGGAGGAUGAGGGCGUUGUGGUCAACACACCGUGUAGGCCUGCGAUCCUGCAGCGGACGAGGGAGAUUCGGAGUUCGCCUGCAAGACCGCUUGGUAGGAGAAGCGCGUCGGUGGAAGUCGAGUACGAUGGCUGGUCGCGGCGCGCUUUCAGCGUCCCGAGAGAAGAACCGUCUUCCGAAGCACUGGGACGGGCUGAUGAGCCUUCAGAAAUGGCCGAUGAUACGCGUACACCUCUCGAACGCUUCCGCACGAAGCCCAAGAAACCGCUCUCCGUCACAGACCUCGUCUCGCCAGCAUGGUGCGAACUACAGUAUCUCUAUACGCUGACCAAGUUCGGUCGCAAGCCGCCGACGCGCGCCAUGAAAGCCGGCACCAAGAUACAUCAGACACUCGAGGACGAAGUUCAUACAGUUGUGCCCGUGCAAGUGAAGAGCAAGGAAGACCGCUUCGGUCUGAGGAUAUGGAACACUAUACAAGGACUGCGAUGUCUGAGAGAAACUGGCCUGACGCGGGAGCUGGAAGUGUGGGGCGUCGUUGACGGACAAGUAGUCAAUGGCGUCAUCGACGAGCUGAGCUACACAUGUCCAGACCCCAAUUUUGAGGAGCAGCUUGAGCUCUCGAAAGCCAAGAAGAGCGGUGACACCUUGCCACUCGGACAGCUAAGCAUCGAGCAGGCCUUCGCAAAAUCUGGGGUGUGUCACCUGGAGACUAAAAGAGACGACGAGACCGCAUGGAUAGGCGCCCUAGAGCCCGACCGACAGGUCUACAUCGCGGACGUUAAAACGCGCGGCGUGCGCUCCUUGCCCACCGCCGCGUCUUUACGACCAACAUGGAUGCAGCUUAUGCUCUACCGAAAACUCCUCGAAUCGCUCUCGCUCAACACUGUCGAUGCGGAAACCGUGUUCGUGCGGUACAAUCUAAUGCCCCUGGAGUCUUUCUCCGAAGUUUUCAUGCUCGACGCUAGCACUUCCAGCGGAGCACAAGAAGGCGAUAUGCACAUCGACACCGAAAAUCCCUACAGCAUCCUCCAAGAAAGCGAACUGCGCUCCCACCCGAACCUCCUCUCGCUUUGGUCCCUCAUGAUCACCGAGUUCCAAGCCACCAUGCCUUCUAUCAGCGAUAUCCUGCGCGCUGAGUUCCGGUACUCCAAGACAGGCGACAUCAUCGGCAGCGAGCUUACCGUGUAUAACCCUGACACGAUCGAUGAAUAUGUCAAGAGCGAAAUGGAGUGGUGGAAAGGAGUGAGGGAGGCUAAAGGCGUGGAGAUUGAAGAGGCCUUCAAGUGUAGGGUGUGUGAUUUUGCAGAGGAGUGCAGCUGGCGGAAGACGAAGAUUGAGGAGGCGACGGAAAAGCAUCGGUUGAGGCGGGGAAAGAGGGAGAAGAGCGCUGUUUGA